AUGUAAGCUUUGAAAAGCAGGGAGUAAAAAAACUAGCCAAAAAAGAAUAAUCACAAUUCAACUAUACAAUUAAUAGAUCAUUGUAUCUAAUGCGCAAAUUCUUAGUAGAAUUUUUUUGGUGGAGUGUCAAUCUCUUAGUAAGGUAAUCCAAAUAUCAAAAUAAAAAAUGUUACUCAAGUGCCGUGGUAUGAAGCCUAAUAGUAAAGCCAGACAUAAUAAAAAAAGUUUAUUGACAAAUCCACAUGCACUACUGAAGAUUACUAUUAAAAUUGUACAAAUGUCUUAUCUGGAUCGUAUGAUCGAUAGAUUGAAUUUGAGAACAUGAUUUAAUACGCAAAUGAAUCGAUAGCUAUGAUGGGGGAGGCUCUCUCCAGUAGAGUGUUACAAUAAUACAAGGAAAAAGGAAAGCCAGAGGAAUUGAAUAAGCUUUUGCAUGCCAUCAAAUUCAAAAAGGAGGACAUUGAUUCAAUUUUCAAGAGUGUGGAUUUGAGUCUAUUGAAAGAUACAAUAGAGAAUUAUGACUAGGUGGAAGAACAAGUAAAGUAACACAUACUUUAAGUUCAGAAAUAAACAGCUGAAAGAGUAUUUCUCUAUUGUAAAGCUUUAUUUAAAGAGAAAUUUAAAAAGGGGAAAUUUCAGACAGCAGAUCAUUUCAAUAGAUAGACAACACUAGGGAACAGAGAUGAUUGUCGUUGUUAGAUCUAUGUGGGAGAGAUUGUAUCAUUAUAGAACAAAACAGAAUAAUAAGUGUAAUAGCUAACUAAAUAAACCUCGGAUCUAAAGGAGAAGGAUAGAACCAUACAUAGUCUCGAAUUGUAGAUAAAACUGUUUGAAAGUUAAAUCAAAUAGCAUUUAUAGGAUAAAUAAGAAUUAAAGCAGAAGAUUGAUUAACAAUAAAACUAAUCUAGAAGAAGUACUGUAUUUUAGAGAUAAUCAAGUUUUAUGGUUAACUUUUCAUAAAAUGAUGAACCAUAAGAUAUGUAGAUGUCUAGUCCUAAUGGAAGAGUGCAAAAGGAAGAAAGACAAUCUUAUUCCAGAAUAUUGAAACCACCUUCGCUAUAACCAUUUGUCUUACAGAAUUAAGGAUAAUAGGAAAAUCUAAAUAAUGAAUAAUUUAAUGAUUUGGUCAAGAAGGACAAAAUGAUAGAACGAUUGAUUGUUUUAACAAAUGCUUUAGAUAAAUCUAACAAAGACAGAAGAUUAUCACAAUUAUAAUAUGUAGUGGAGCAAAAGGGAGAGCGACAACUUUCAGAUAUGUUUGAUUUAAUUAAAGAUAUCGAAGAGAAUGAUUUGUUGAUUAAAGAGCGAAGAUCAUUUGGAAAUUUACAAUCUGACUUAGAUGAUUAAAGAUCACCUAUGAAUGUUUCAAAACCAUUCUACUCUCAAUAAAUGAUAGACUAAGUUGAGCAAGUUCAAAAGUAAAAGUUCUUAUCAACUAAGGACUUAAACUCCCCUAAGGUCUUAUACUUAGAAUAAAUUAAAGAGAUUGAUGAAAAUAAGCAUAUUCUACUUGUUCCUAUUGAAUAAGCUGCUACUCAAGGAAAACAUUCCAAAAAUACAAGUUAAUCUAGUUUUAACGACAGCAAUCAAGGAAUGGAGGAAAUUUCUCCUGAAAAUAAAAAGCAAUCAAGAUUAAGAAGAACUUCUUCAAAUGUCCAAUAAAUUGUGGAAACCAAAAAUAAUAAUAAAUAAAAAAGAACCAAUUCAAUAAAGUUGAAAUCGAAAAGAAAAGUUUCACACUAAAAUAAUUCAAAUGAGGCUGUCUCGAAUAUUUAUUAAACGACUAGUAAUCCCUAAUAGAAUUCUGGUAUGUUAACUGACAGAUAACCUGUCAGAUCUAUAUCCCAAUAAUAAUAAGAAUAAUAUAAAUAUGAAAGGAUUAUAGAAAAUGAAUUGAUUUCAAACAAGAUAGCAAUUCAUAAUACUAGUCUACAUGAUAAACCUAUUAUUAAUAUCUUAUAAUCAAAUCAUAAUGUUCAAUUCCAUACUCCAAAUAAUUCAUCUCGAUUAAUCAAAGUUAAGAAUCAAAAUUAAGAAAAGUUAGAUAUCAAUGCAAUACCUAAAUAAAUAAGUAAUCAUAAAUAAAAUUUAGAAAUCAGUAAUCCCAUUUAAUAAAAACAUUAAGAGUCAUAAAUAAUUAUUUCACCCUAACAAUAAACGAAAUUUUAAUAAUAAUUAAGUUAAUAAAAGUUUUUAAUAUCUGAAGAUCGUGAAAAAACAACUAAAAAAUAAUAGUAAUAGCAAUAACAAUAACAAUAAUAAUAAUAAUAAUAAUAAGUAAUUCAUGCAAGUCCAAUAUAAACAAUUUAGUAAUAAUUUCAAUAUGUCUAAGAAAAUUAAAUAAAACCUGAUAAAGAAAUAACUUCAAUCGGUAUUAUAUCGGAGGUUAAGAAAUAAGUACAACAAUAAAAUUAAAGAGCCAAACUUCCAAAUUUAGAGAUAGAUUCAGUAGAUAAAUAUAAUAAAUCACCAAGAAAGUUAAGCACUUAAAAUAAUAGUAAUAAACCAACUGAUAAUAAAUAGAAAUGGCCUGGAUUUGAAUCUGCAAAAUUCAUAACUCACAUUGAUCCAAACAUUUAAACUGAAACUCUAAACUAAAGGCCAUAAACAACAAUAGAUAAUGACGAAAUUAAAAAAUAAGAAGGAUAAGCAAGAGAAUACAUCAAUAAAUAAAAGGAUGAAUUUGAAAAAAAAUAAAAAGAAGAGAGAUUAAUGUUUGACUAAGUGUUAUUCGAUUUACCAGAGUAACAAGAAGAACUUAUUAUAAGAAAUGCCAUAAAUAAUAACUCAGGCAAUAUAAUUACUGAAGAACUAAAUGACAAUGUUAUCAAACAUAUGUAUAAAAAUCUCAAGGAAAAAUAAACAUAAAUAACACAAACGAUUAACAAAUUUUAUUAAAGAGCUGAUGAAUAAAACAUUGAUUAUGCUGAAUUUUAAAAUUUUAUAAAUAAAUUCUCAAACCUACAUAAACGCUGUGGUAAAGAUUGCAUUCAUGUGACAAGGUACAUUAUUAUAAUUUUUUUAGAUUUUACAUGAGACUUGGAUUUAUACCAUUAAGAUAUCUGAACAAGCGAAAAGCAAUGAAGUUGGCCAAACCAGUCGUACUACCUUGUUUUUCUAAAUAAGGAUGA